UACGGAUCACCAUUCGAAAAACUUGUUAUACAAAAUAACAAUAACACAUUUAAAAAUGAAUUUAAUUUGAAAGAAUCAAUUUUAAAUAACGAUGAAUUAAUUGAAUAUCUUCAAAAGGAAAUAUUUUUGAAACACUUACAAGAGAAAUCAAUCAAUCAAUAUGAAUUAAUAUCAAAAUAUAUGGAUAAAAGUGCUGAUCCAUGCGAAGAUUUUUAUCAGUAUGCAUGUGGUAAUUGGGAAAAAUAUCAUGAAAUUCCAUUAGAAUUACCUUCAUAUGAUAUAUUUGCAAUAUUAAAUGAGGAAUUACAAAAAUCAUUACAUGAAAUUUUAACUUAUAAUCAGAAUAAAACUAUGAAUUCUAUAAUUAAUAAUCAAAAUAGCAGCACAGACGAGAUUAUGGAAAAUGAUACAAAAAAUUUCGAUAUGGAACAACAAGUGAAUUUAUUUUUUGCCUCAUGUUCAAAUAUUGAUUUAAUAAAUGAAAGAAAAUUUGAACCAAUGCUUGAGGUAAUUAAAGAAAUUGGUGGUUUUCCAUUAUUGGAUGGUGAUGAAUGGUCUGAAGAAAAUUUUAAUUUAGAAGAAGUAUUAGCUUGGCAAUCAAUUCAUCAAAUGCAUAGUUUCUUUUCAACAGAAAUUGAAUAUGAUCUUAAAAAUAUUGAAAAAUCUGUUAUUUAUAUGUUACAUCCAGAAUUAGGUUUACGUAGUCAUGCCGAUUAUUUAGAAAGUUAUAAUAAAGCACAUUUAGAAGGUUAUCGUGAAUUUAUUAAAGACGUAUUUGAAAUUUUAAAUACACCAGAAAAUGAAACACAAAAUGUUAUUGAUGAAAUAAUAGAUUUAGAAAUGAAAUUAGCAAAAUUAACAGAUGUAAGAACAAAUAAUUAUGAAGUACAACAGUUAUAUAAUCCAACAACAGUUGGUAUUUUAAAAGAAAAAUAUUCAAAAUUUAAUUGGACAGAAUAUUUAAUAAAAAUAUUUAAUAAAGAAUUCAAUGAUGAUUAUAAAAUAGUUAUAUUUGGAGCUCCAAAAACAGAUGAAAUAUUUGACCUCUUAAUUAAUACAGAUAAGAGAAUCAUAGCAAAUUAUAUCAAUUGGCGUACAAUUCAGCAAAUGUUAAAAUAUCUUGAUGAAAGAUUUAAGGCUCCGAAAGUGAAAUUUACAAAAAUAUUAAUGGGUUCUGAGAAAACCACUAAAGAAAGAACAUAUUUGUGUGCUGGUGAAGUUAACGAAGCUAUCGGUAUGGCUGUUAGUUCUUUAUAUGUAAAAAAAUAUUUUAAUGAAAAUUGUAAGGAUGAUGUUUCUAAAAUGACUGAAGAAAUUUCAAAAGUGUUUCGUUCAAAUUUAAAUUUAUCGGAUUGGAUUGAUGACGAAACAAAACUGUUAGCAGAGGAAAAAGUCAAUAAAACUUUAUUAGCUGUUGGUUAUCCAGAGUUCAUUUUAAAUAAAACUGAAUUAAAUGACUAUUAUAAUGGCAUAAAUUUUGCGAAAGAUAAAUAUUUUGAGAAUGUUUUAAAUUUAAGAAAAUAUGAAAAUAUUAAAGAACGAAAUAAAUUGGAAAAAAAAGUCGAUAAAAACGAAUGGCCUAUCAGACCAACUAUAAUCAAUGCAUUUUUUGAACAAGCUAAAAAUAGAAUUAUAAUGCCUGCAGCAAUUCUUCAACCACCAGUUUAUCAUGGUGAUUUUCCAAAAAGUUUAAAUUAUGGUGCUAUAGGUGUUUUCAUUGGACAUGAAUUAACCCAUGGAUUUGAUACUGUUGGUCGCGGAUUCGAUCAAGAUGGUAACAUGAAUGAUUGGUGGACAAAUAAAUCUUAUGAACAAUUCAAGGAUCGCGCUCAAUGUUUCAUUGAUCAAUAUAGUCAAUUUAAAAUUUAUAACAAAACAUUGAAUGGAGAAAUAACAAAAGAGGAAAAUAUAGCGGAUAAUGGAGGUAUUCGUUUAUCUUUCAAAGUUUAUAAAGAAUGGUUAAAAACAGCAACAGAAGAAGAAAUUAAAGCGGAAGCUGUUCCUAAUUUAGAUUUAUCGCCACUACAAUUAUUCUUUGUUGCAUUUGCUCAAUCAUGGUGUGAACACAUAAGGCCAGAAGCAAUUGAAAAUCGUUUAGAAACAGACACUCAUCCCCCUGGAAAAUUUAGAAUAAUUGGAACACUUCAAAACUUUGAAGAAUUUUCAAAUGCAUAUGAAUGUCCACUGAACACAACUAUGAAUCCAAUUAAAAAAUGUAAAUUAUGGUAAUA